AUGGCUAAGAAGAAAUCUGCUAGUAAGAAAAUGUCAUCUGGAGGUGAUGGCCAAGACAAACGUCACAAAAAAGGUGUCAAUGGUGAUUCCAACGUUGUGGAGAAGGCAUCAUCUGCUUCCUCUAGCAAUGAUUCGAUUAGUAGUGCAAGUGCUACUAGUGUCAAUGCUAAUGCUUCUCCAAAUGCUAAUAAACGUUACAAUUUCAUUAUAAGAACUAGUUGGACUUUUGUAAUGCUUGCAGGAUUUUUCGCUAUAUUGGCUUCUGGUCAUUUUUACUGUGUUUUAUUGAUUAUUGCCUGUCAAGUGGCUACUUUUAAGGAAUGUAUAGCUGUUACUGGAGCUUCCGGUAGUGCUAAAAACUUGCCAUUGACUAAAACUUUAAAUUGGUAUCUGUUAUUCACAACAAUUUAUUAUUUGGAUGGGAAAACUUUCUUUAGAUUCUUCCAGAACUUUUUAUUCGAACAUCCAUUUUUGACUUUAAUCGUGUCUCAUCAUAAAUUCGUUUGUUACUUUCUAUACUUAUUUGGUUUCAUCUUCUUUGUUUGUACUUUAAGAAAAGGUUUCUUAAAAUUCCAAUUUGCCUCUUUAUGUAUCACCCAUAUGGCUUUGGCUUUGGUGGUUUUCCAAGCUCAUUUGAUCAUUAAGAAUGUCAUCAAUGGUUUAUUCUGGUUCUUAGUCCCAUGUGGUUUAGUCAUCGUCAAUGACAUCUUCGCCUACUUAUGUGGUAUCACUUUUGGUCGUACUAAGCUAAUUGAAAUCUCGCCAAAGAAAACUUUAGAAGGUUUUAUUGGUGCUUGGUUCUUCACCGCUCUAGCUAGUGUGAUCUUGACAAGAAUCUUCGAACCAUUCUCAUAUAUGACCUGUCCUGUCAAAGAUAUCAAUACAAAUUUUUUCUCUUCAUUAACUUGUGAACUAAAUCCUGUAUUCAUCCCACAGCGUUAUCCAUUGCCACCAAUGGUUUUCGAAAAAUUCGGUAUUUCAUCAGUUACAAUCAAACCAAUCUAUUUCCAUGCUUUGAAUUUGGCUACUUUUGCAUCUUUAUUCGCUCCAUUUGGUGGGUUCUUUGCUUCUGGUUUAAAGAGAACUUUUAAAGUGAAAGAUUUUGGUGAUUCAAUUCCUGGUCACGGUGGUAUCACCGAUAGAAUUGAUUGUCAAUUCUUGAUGGGAUCAUUCACAAACUUGUAUUACGAAACAUUUAUCAGUGAAAAUAGAUUAACAGUCGAAGCCGUGCUUUCAAGUAUCCUAUUAAGUUUCAACGAUCAACAGAUAUUAGAGGUGUUAACCUCCUUGACUACAAUCCUUACAAAGAAAGGAAUUUUCAAAGAGAAAGGUUACAACAAACUUAUUGAAGUGUUUAAGACAGCUUCAAAAGAGCUGACUCAAUAG